AUGGCUGGAGCAAGUUCGCCCUUGUUUACCAUUAUGGCGCCUCCUGUUGAUGGUGGGUCAGGGCGAUCACUUCCAAGAUCGCUGCUUGCGCUUUGUACGCUAGCUACGAUAUUCACAACAAUCGUGUCAUUAUACUCAAUCCUCCUGCAGCUAAAAAAUUACUACAAGCCUUCGCUUCAACGCUAUGUGGUUCGCAUCUUGAUUAUGCCUUUGCUUUAUGCAGUCGCUUCCACCAUAUCUUUAUUUUCAUUACAGCUUGCUGAAAUGAUUGAUUUGAUGCGCGAUUUGUACGAAGCCUUUGUUAUUUACUGUUUUUUCAGCUUGCUCGUUGAAUACCUUUCGGGAGAAGGAGCUAUGUUAGUCCAUUUGCGCGGCCGACCACCUAAGCCGCAUUUGUUUCCAUUAAACUUAAUCCUCUACCCCAUGGACCUGAGCGAUCCAUACACUUUUCUAUCUCUGAAGCGUGGCAUUUUGCAAUACGUCCAAAUCAAGCCUGUGCUCGCUGUUACUACUGUUCUCUUAAAAAUGUAUGGCAAAUACGAAGAUGGUCAUCUGCACUUGGGAAAUGGUUACACUUGGACUGCUAUUAUAUACAACUUUUCCGUUUUUGUGGCGUUGUACUACUUGACCAUGUUCUGGAUAUGCUUAUCCAAAGAGCUCGCUCCAUUUCGUGUCGCAUCCAAAUUCAUUUGUGUCAAAGGCGUUAUUUUUUUCAGCUUUUGGCAGGGUUUGUUCAUAUCCGUACUAGUCGCCAUGGGUCUUGUAACGCACAUUGGCGGAGUUUAUGACGAUACGUACUUGUCCACGGCGCUACAAGAUAUUCUUAUCUGUCUCGAAAUGCCAAUUUUUGCUAUCGCACAUAUUUACGCGUUCUCGCAUCUGGAUUACAUGACAGAGUCACCACGGCUGGUAGGUCGGAUGCCUUUCUUGUAUGCCGUGCGUGAUAGUUUUGGCACAGGUGAUAUUGCAGCUGAUAUGAUGUCGACCAUGUACGGAACAGAGUAUACGUAUCGCUCUUGGGAACCUAGUGAUGAUAUCCGUCAUCACUCUUACGCGUUCUACCGUCGCAGUCGAGCAGGUCUACGAUACAGUGAAGAUGGACGAACAAAAUACUGGGUGGGUGAGAAUACACAUCGCUUUGACGAAAGAACGCCGUUGGUACGCCACGCUCCCAAGCGAGAAUACCAAGCCACUCGUGGCUACGACGAGUUGUCAGAACUACGUUUCCCUGACGCGACAGAGGAAGAAGACCACUUGUACAAUAUAAGCCGAAAAUUACCUUUUGGCGACUAUAAAUACCCUUGCGUACAAACAUCAUAA